AGGGUUUUCGUUCUCAAUUUCUCACGAUCGUUCCAGUUCCACGACCAUGGUUCCCAUUAGCGCUUCAAUCCAAUCUCCUUCUGCGCCAUCAUUUCGCGUUCAAUCCAUGCAUCAAUGCAGGUUUUAGAUCACAUUCCACUCUUCAAGUAUCUCUUGGCUUCAGUAUCUCCACCCAGAUUUCAACGAUGUUCAAAUCAAAUCUAACACAACUUGUCCUCGCAAACAUCUUACUAGUUGAGCUUCAUUUUUCGGUGCUAAAUCGAUAAAUUGUUUGUUGAUUUUGUUUAUUUUCUCAACUCGUUGAAUCUGUGAUGUGUUUGUUGUUUUUCCAAUUCUAGGUUUUUUUGUGAUUUGUGUUGCUGUUGUGGUGGUUGAAAAGCAUGUGGAAAUUGACAAGUUUUUUCAGUUCUAGAUAAGGCAAAAUAAUGUUGUUUUCAGCUGAUUAUCUUAUGUAUUGUUCAAUGGUUUCAUUCUCAAUUUCAGCUUAUGCUUUCCCGCUUUGUACAAAUUCAGUUUUCCGAAGCACUAACUUCAAAUGACAGUGUAUUCAUGCUUCGGUUUCAACUGCGAUUGGGGAUGCAUUUGUCUAUAUCUUACAACAAUAUAAGGGUUUAUAGGCUGCAAUAGUGAGAAUUGGUCUAAUAGAGAUGUUAGUGUUUUCAAAGUUGUUUCAAUUUGUUAAAGAAAAAUGAAUUAUAAUGGUAGUCCAUCAAUCUUAGACCAAUUACAAUGGUAGUCCGACUACACACAUAGUAAGUCAUAACCAGUAAAAUGAAUUGUUUAAGUUUUUGUUUGUACUUAUUAACACUUUGCUUGUGAGACGUUAAGCAUUUGUGUUUUUAUUGUGAUAGGCAACACAAAGAAAAGGAAAGCAGUACAGCAACCACCAUGAGAUGGUUCAGGGUGGUUUCUCAUCACUUGUUAGAUCAUUGAGAAAUCGAUGCAUUGACUUGCUCACGGAGAUUGAAGCUCGUUUGGAUUUUGAAGAUGAGAUGCCGCCUAUAGAUUUGAAUGGGAUUAUGGACAAAAUACAACAUAUGUCACAAGAUGUUGAGAAUGCAUUGGAAACGGCAAAUUAUGAUAAGCUUCUGCAAUCUGGAUUACAGAGAGAAAGUGGUGGUUCCCGUGACGAAACCGUACGUAACGUUUGAAGGUGAAGGAAGAGAAGUGACAGUGAUAGAAUGGCAUGAUAGAGCGAGUGAUCCUGGUCCAAAUGGACAACAGCUACAGACUUAUAGAACUGCUUUUGUUACCGUUUUCGCUAUAAAAAGCAUAUACUUUGAUAGAUAAACUUACUGAGUUCUAUUUCUUUUGUAAUUUGUAGAGAAAGGAAAAGGGUGCAGAUCCAUCAUUGACCGAGUUCUAUUUUUUUUUUCAUUUUGACUUGGUUGUAAUUUGGAUUGUAUUAUCUUUUUAACUUGGUUGACAAAUGAUUAGUAAUAACUUGAUUUUUUGAA